CCUCUCUUGGCGGGGGUGAUGCUGAGAGGAGCGCCGCACUUGGAGGAGGAAUCAGCCGCGGUGAGGAGGAGAGAGCUCCAUCGCUAAGGGUCCAUUCCUCGACUGACGGAGACCCCUCUUUUUUUUCUUUUUUUUUUCACCCCCGAUUCUGCUUUUGUUUUUUUUUUUGUUUUUUUUCAUUCGUGCACGGCUCCACGUCUGUAAAAAUGUAUCGGAUCUAACAGCCUUCCUCCUCCUCUUCCUCCUCCUCCUCCUCCCUCUCCCGGAGACGACUAGAGGAAUAUUUCAACUCCCCGAGUGGUGGAUGCUGACAUCGACGCUGUGGCCAUGCAGAAGAUAGUCAAUCUAUCCGUGUCGUUUCUCAUCGUCUUGUGGGGGUGCGCGCACGGAGGCUCGCCCAGCGUGCAAAUCGGGGGGCUCUUUCCGAGGGGCGCGGACCAAGAGUACAGCGCCUUCAGGAUAGGCAUGGUCCAGUUCGGCACGGCCGAGUUCCGACUGACGCCUCACAUCGACAACCUGGAGGUGGCCAAUAGCUUCGCCGUGACCAAUUGCUUUUGCUCACAGUUCUCCAGGGGAGUAUAUGCCAUUUUCGGGUUCUACGACAAGAAGUCGGUGAACACCAUCACGUCGUUCUGCGGGACGCUGCACGUCUCCUUCAUCACGCCCAGCUUCCCUCUGGAUGGAAACCAGCAGUUCAUCAUCCAGAUGAGGCCUGACAUCAAGGGGCCGCUGCUCAGCCUCAUCGAGUACUACAAGUGGGACAAAUUUGCGUACCUGUACGACAGCGAUCGAGGCCUGACGACGCUGCAGGUCGUCCUGGACACGGCAGCGGAGAGGAAGUGGCAAGUGACGGCCAUCAAUGUCGGGAACUUGAAAGACGAGCGCAAGGACGAAGCCUACCGCUCGCUUUUCCAGGACCUGGAGAACAAGAAAGAGCGGAGGGUGAUCCUGGACUGUGAGCAGGACAAAGUCAAAGACAUCAUGGACCAGGUCAUCACCAUCGGCAGACAUGUUAAAGGCUACCAUUACAUCAUAGCCAAUCUGGGUUUUGUUGACGGUGACCUCUCUAAGAUCCAAUACGGAGGCGCCAACGUGUCGGGUUUCCAGAUUGUCGAUUUUGACGACGCUCUGGUGUCCAAGUUUGACCAGCGGUGGGAGGCUCUUGAGGAGAAGGAGUAUCCAGGAGCAGACAGUAAAAUAAGGUACACAUCGGCGUUGACGUACGACGCGGUGCAGGUGAUGACUGAGGCCUUCCGCUACCUGCACAAGCAGCGCAUCGACUUCACUCGUAGGGCGAACAACGGCGACUGCUUGGCCAACCCCGCCGUUCCCUGGGCUCAGGGAGUGGAGAUCGAGCGAGCGCUGAAGCAGGUGCGCGUGGAGGGCCUGACAGGGAACAUCCAGUUCGACCAACACGGCAAGCGGGUCAACUACUCUGUCAACAUAAUGGAACUGAAGAACAACGGCCCCGUAAAGAUUGGCUACUGGAACGAGGUUGACAAAAUGGCUGUCACCAAGUCCGACGUCUUUGCCAAUGAUUCGACAGGGAUGGAAAACAAAACAGUUAUUGUGACGACCAUUUUGGAAGCUCCUUAUGUCAUGCUGAAAAAGAACGCCGACCUUUUCGUGGACAAUGACCGCUAUGAGGGUUACUGCGUCGACUUGGCCGCCGAGAUAGCCAAGCACUGCGGCUUCAAAUAUCAGCUGAAAAUAGUCGGUGAUGGAAAGUACGGAGCCAGAGAUGCCGAGACGAAAAUCUGGAACGGGAUGGUUGGAGAGUUAGUGUAUGGGAAAGCAGACAUCGCAGUGGCUCCUCUGACCAUCACUCUUGUACGAGAGGAGGUGAUCGACUUCUCGAAGCCUUUCAUGUCUCUGGGAAUCUCCAUCAUGAUCAAAAAGCCACAAAAGUCCAAACCGGGGGUUUUCUCCUUUCUGGACCCGCUGGCCUACGAGAUCUGGAUGUGUAUCGUCUUCGCCUAUAUCGGCGUCAGCGUGGUGCUCUUCCUGGUCAGCCGCUUCAGCCCGUACGAGUGGCACACUGAGGAGUACGAGGACGGACAGAUCCAGACCAACGAGUCGACCAAUGAAUUUGGUAUAUUCAACAGCCUGUGGUUCUCCUUGGGGGCCUUCAUGAGACAAGGCUGCGACAUCUCACCCAGGUCUCUGUCUGGUCGAAUCGUUGGCGGCGUGUGGUGGUUCUUCACGCUAAUCAUCAUCUCCUCCUACACGGCCAACCUGGCUGCUUUCCUCACUGUGGAGAGGAUGGUUUCUCCCAUUGAGAGUGCCGAGGACUUGGCCAAACAAACAGAGAUCGCCUACGGCACUCUAGACUCCGGCUCCACCAAAGAGUUCUUUAGGCGUUCUAAAAUUGCCCUUUUUGACAAAAUGUGGACAUACAUGCGGAGUGCAGAGCCCUCUGUGUUUGUGAAAACCACAGCCGAGGGGGUUCUGAGGGUCCGCAAGUCCAAAGGGAAGUACGCCUACCUGUUGGAGUCCACCAUGAAUGAGUACAUCGAGCAGCGGAAACCCUGCGACACCAUGAAGGUGGGAGGCAACCUGGACUCCAAAGGCUACGGGAUCGCCACGCCGAAAGGAUCCUCAUUAAGAAAUGCGGUUAACCUCGCAGUACUAAAACUGAAUGAGCAAGGCCUGUUGGACAAAUUGAAAAACAAAUGGUGGUACGACAAAGGAGAGUGCGGCAGCGGGGGAGGUGAUUCCAAGGAGAAGACGAGCGCCCUCAGCCUGAGCAACGUGGCUGGGGUCUUCUACAUUCUGGUCGGAGGACUCGGCUUGGCCAUGCUGGUGGCCUUGAUCGAGUUCUGUUACAAGUCCCGAGCCGAGGCCAAACGAAUGAAGGUGGCAAAGAAUGCACAGAAUAUUAACCCAACUUCCUCGCAGAAUUCACAGAAUUUUGCAACUUAUAAGGAAGGUUACAACAUGACCUUCGGGGACGCCAUGAGGAACAAAGCGAGACUUUCGGUCACCGGGAGCACCGGGGAGAACGGUCGGGUGAUGACGCCAGAGUUUCCUAAAGCUGUCCACGCCGUCCCUUACGUGAGACCCGACAUGGGACUCAACGUCAGCCUGACAGAUCUGUCCUGAUCCGUGAGAAACUUCUGAGUGCCUUAAAAUGGUUUCAAACGAGCGCUUUUAGUCCGUCGCCUCCUUUUCGUUUUUGGCUUGCUCGUCCUUUUCCUUCUUCGCUGGCUUUUGUUCUGCCAUUUUUUUCCCAAAAGGAAAGACUUUGAUUCUCUACGUCAUUCUUGCUAUCCAGGAAGUUAUCAUGUUUCCUCUCUCUCUGUGUGUGUGUGUCUGCGGGGACUUGAUUGACAGCUGCUUCGGCUCAUCCGAACUAUGUAUGUGUGUGUGUGUCACCUCCCAAACAGGAAGCACAUCCGCAUUAAAAUGUGAAGUAGUCUUUUUUUUUU